CGUACCUUCGCACGAAGAACGAAGAAGGAAAUUCAGGAGAUGUUCUCGCGCAUUCGCAGUAGAGAAAUAAACGUGCGCAACGCAGAACGUUUCAAAUUAGAAUGAGGAUCAGCUGAGCAAUGUUUAUAACGUAAUCGUCCAUGGAAAAUAUUUACAACGGUGAACGUCUUGCGGGAAAUAUGCCAGAGCCAGUGCAUCAUCAGGUGAAUGCAGCUCGGAAAACAUUCCAAACCUUGCAUCAAAUUGCAAAAUUGCUGAAUACGAAUUUGGAUCCAGCAACGUUGAGUAUUUGCGUGAGGCUGUGCGAAAAUGGAGUGAAUCCUCAGGCCCUGGCAACUAUCGUCAAGGAAUUGCAAAAGGAAGUCAAGAACUUGGACGCAACUCCCGAUGAUUUUGGUCUUAAUAAAUCUCCUUCAUUUAAAUGAGUAUUAAUGUAAUUUUAAUCCACUUGAAAAAGAAAUCCAGUUUAUAAAUAUGAUUUGAUAAUAAUGUCUUUAAUUUUUGUAUCCAAAAUCUUUUCUUUCAUUUUAUAAUUUUAGUAUCUAAAAACAAAAGGUUGGAAAAUUUCUGAACUGUAACUCAAAUGGAUUUAAAUUGUUCAAUAAUUUAAAAUGUUUCAUCCUUUGAAA